AUGCGGAAGCAUCGUGGUGUGAUAGCAUUCUUUCAUCCAUACUGCAAUGCCGGUGGUGGCGGUGAACGCGUCUUAUGGUGCGCUAUCAAUGCUAUGCAAAAAAAGUAUACUGGAAAAUAUCGAUAUGUGGUUUAUACUGGUGAUGUAGAUGUAACACCUCAAAAAAUUUUGCAAAAAGCGAAGGAAUGCUUUGACAUCGAAGUUAUUGAUACUAAUUUGCAAUUCAUCUAUCUUCGUACACGAUGUUGGUUAGAAUCGAGCAAUUACCCACAUUUGACAUUGUUGCUUCAAAAUUUAGCUAGUUUCCUGGUUGGUUUCGAGGCGUUGUGUCGAUACAAUCCACAUAUUUUCAUCGACACAAUGGGUUAUCCCUUUGCUUUACUGUUGUUCAGAUGGCUGGCUGGAUGCGAUGUUGCUUGUUAUGUACAUUAUCCUGUCAUUUCACGUGAAAUGAUAAAAUUGGUGGAAUCAGCUGAACUGUCUUAUAACAAUGCGCAGUGGAUAGCGAAAAAUCGACUCUUUACCUAUCUUAAAUUGGUAUAUUAUCGCAUAUUUGCCAUCCUCUACUCCUUGAGUGGUUUUUGCAGUGAAGUUGUUAUGGUCAAUAGCACCUGGACUCGUGAUCAUAUUGUGGCGUUGUGGGGUGUUGACGAUCGUAUAUACCUCGUCUAUCCACCAUGUAAUGUUGACAAGUUGCUCAGGAUCAAUUCUAGAGCGGAAGAAUUACUAAGGGAAGAGAGACGAGUGCAGAUAUUGUCGAUUGGACAAAUCAGACCUGAGAAAGAUCAUCGAUUGCAGAUUUGUUUUUUAGCUGAGUUGAAGAAGCGAUUAUUGAAAGAAAAUCUAGACUACAAAAUUCGACUGGUAAUAUGCGGUGGAUGUCGUGAUAUGAACGAUGUUCAACGUGCCAAAGAUUUGCAGUUGUAUGCAGAAGAUAUGGGUCUUAACAAUGAUGAUCUAGAGUGGACACUUAAUGCAUCUGUCGAUAAAGUAGCAGCACUGCUUGAAGAAUCAUUGAUUGGUAUUCACACUAUGCAAAAUGAACAUUUUGGAAUAUCAGUUGUGGAGGGUAUUGCUGCUGGCCAAAUUAUGAUCGCUCACAAUUCAGGUGGGCCUAGGCUGGAUAUAUUAAGUGCGAAUGCUGUCUCAAGCAAAAUUUUGCUUGGUUUGCUGGCAUCCAAUGUGCAUGAUUUUGUUGAUAGUGCUCUACAAAUAAUACGAAUGAGUCCAGAGCAACGCAAUUCAAUACGUGAUGCUGCACGCUGUUCGGUGAAUCGCUUUACUGAAAAAAAUUUUGAGAAAGGAUGGAAUUCUGCAGUCGAGAAAUUAUUACCUGCUUAUGACUGA